AUGCCCUUGGCACUCUUCACAAUUUGUCUUAUAUCUGGGAUAUACGGAAGUGAGGCUGGAGGAGGGCAAUGUAAAAUUUCAGAGAGAUCAGUUCCUGGUAAAGCUCUCAAGGGUCACACCUUCAAAGAGUUUGCAGUGAGGGCCAUUGUUGAGUGCCAGAACACCUGUGAAAGAGACCCAAGGUGUGCGAGUUACAAUUUUUACAUUCCGGGCAGAGUGUGCGAGCUUAACAGCCAGACCAAGGAAGAAAGACCUGAAGACUUUGUGACAGAUGAGCUAAGGUUUUAUAUGAGACGAGAAGGUACGAUAAUCUGUCUGUUCUCUCCCGUCUAUUUCCUAGACUUACUGGUGGAAUUGAGCACGUACGAAUGCCAAAAUACGAUAACAAAGUUCCAAGAUGCAAAUCGAAUAAGAUUGCCAUGUAUUGUAUGCGCAACAUUUGUAAGCUGUUCAAAUAAAAUCACACUUUGCAUGACCUUGACUUAGAGAUAACCCACAUAUUUCCUAUGCUAAAAUCUGUUUGUACCAUUAGAUGAUGAUGAAUGCUUGAAGACCCCACCCGUUUGUGACGUCAACGCAAACUGCAAGAACACUCUUGGCUCCUAUCUUUGUUCAUGUAUAGAGGGAUUUACAGGUGACGGCAAAACAUGUCAAGGUAAAAUUUUGAAAAAAAAUGUCCUGAACUUUUUCGCUUGUCUAGAUCAUUCUCAAAUUCGUAUUGGUAUUCCCUGUUUUUGUAUAAAUAUUUCAUUUGUUGUUAUGUUCAAUACCUUUUUUUGUAGUAGAAUUGAAUUUAGUUAACAUCUUUAAACAUUUUAUUUCAGACGUAGACGAAUGCCAGAUCAGCUCUCACAAUUGUAGCGACAAUGCCACCUGCAUUAACACCGAAGGUUCCUUUAACUGCAUUUGCAAACCAGGGUACAGAGGAAAUGGCUACAACUGUUCAGGUACGUGCUUGCAAAUUCUUUUCUAUUUUUUCUUUAGUUUUAAAGACUUUUUAUAACAAAAAAAUUACACUAAAAAUGUCCAGGCAUAAUAUGAUUUCAGAGUUCGUUUUCGUCUUGAAAACACUUAUAACAUUUUAUUUCAGACGUAGACGAAUGCCACAUGAGCACUCACAAUUGUAGCGACAAUGCCACAUGCUUUAACACCGAAGGUUCCUUUAACUGUAGUUGCAAACCAGGGUACAGAGGAAAUGGCUACAAUUGUUCAGGUAGGUGCCUGGAAAGUAUUUUCUCUUUUUUCUUUAGUUUUCAAAAACUUUUUAUUGCAAAAAAAUCACAACAAAAUGUUCAGGCAUAAUUUAUGCUAGAGUUCGUGCGCUUCUUGAAAACUCUCCUAACAUUUUAUUUCAGACGUAGACGAAUGCCAGAUCAGCUCUCACAAUUGUAGCGACAAUGCCACCUGCAUUAACACCGAGGGAACCUUUAUCUGUAGUUGCAAACCAGGGUACAGAGGAAAUGGCUACAACUGUUCAGGUACGUGCUUGCAAAGUCUUUUCUAUUUUUUCUUUAGUUUUAACGACUUUUUAUAACAAAAAAAUUACACUAAAAAUGUCCAGGCAUAAUAUGAUUUCAGAGUUCGUUUUCGUCUUGAAAACACUUAUAACAUUUUAUUUCAGACGUAGACGAAUGCCACAUGAGCACUCACAAUUGUAGCGACAAUGCCACAUGCUUUAACACCGAAGGUUCCUUUAACUGUAGUUGCAAACCAGGGUACAGAGGAAAUGGCUACAAUUGUUCAGGUAGGUGCCUGGAAAGUAUUUUCUCUUUUUUCUUUAUAUUUAGUUUUCAAAAACUUUUUAUUGCAAAAAAAUCACAACAAAAUGUUCAGGCAUAAUUUAUGCUAGAGUUCGUGCGCUUCUUGAAAACUCUCCUAACAUUUUAUUUCAGACGUAGACGAAUGCCAGAUCAGCUCUCACAAUUGUAGCGACAACGCCACCUGCAUUAACACCGAGGGAGCCUUUAACUGUAGUUGCAAACCAGGGUACAGAGGAAAUAGCUACAACUGUUCAGGUACGUGCUUGCAAAGUCUUUUCUAUUUUUUCUUUAGCUUUAACGACUUUUUAUGACAAAAAUAUCACACAAAAAAUGUUCAGGGAUAAUGUAAUUUCAGAGUUCGUUUUCGUCAUGAAAACUCUUAUAACAUUUUAUUUCAGACGUAGACGAAUGCCAGAUGAGCACUCACAAUUGUAGCAACAAUGCCACCUGCAUUAACACCGAAGGUUCCUUUAACUGUAGUUGCAAACCAGGGUACAGAGGAAAUGGCUACAACUGUUCAUGUACGUGCUUGUAAAGUCUUUUCUAUUUUUUCUUUAGUUUUAACGACUUUUUAUGGCAAAAAAGUUACACUAAAAAUGUUCAGGCAUGUUUUCGUCUUGAAAACACUUAUAACAUUUUAUUUCAGACUUAGACGAAUGUCAGAUGAACUCCCACAAUUGUAGCGACAAUGCCAGCUGCAUUAAUACCCAAAGUUCCUUUUACUGUAGUUGCAAACCAGGGUACAGAGGAAAUGGUUACAACUGUACAGGU